AUGCAAAAUUGCAUAAAGAAGAUCUUCGCAUCUCUUGUCAUCUUCGGAUAUUUCGGCGGUGCUCUAAGUGCAGAUGUGCAGCAAUUAAGAGAGAAACCUGAUUGGCUACUCACCUGCCCUAGAGAGAAUCCCAAUCAAGACGGCUGCUUUAAGAAAAUGUUCGAGGGAAUGUUCACAAGAUUAGCCAAAGGAAUUCCCGAGGUUGGCAUCGAACCUUUUGAACCACUUAGGAUCAAGGAUGUGGAAAUCUCUAAAGGAAUGGGAAGUCUAACACUUGCCGGAGGCUUUCAGAAUCUCCUCGUUCGAGGCCCAUCCAAUGCAACAGUGCGUCGAGCUCUCCUCAACUUUCAGGAUCGAUCCCUCGACUUUGACCUAGAACUUCCCCUUCUGAGGAUAAACGCCACAUACAAUCUCAAAGGGAAUGUCCUCCUUCUGCCACUGGUCGGCAAUGGGGAUGUUAAAAUGGCCCUCAAAGACGUGCGAUCGAAUGUCGCAACGAAAUUCAGCAUCAAGAAAUUGCCCGAGGAAGUGAUUCAAAUUGAUGAAAUGAAAGUAACAUUUUUAGUGGGUGGCAUGAAGAUCCACUUGGACAACCUGUUCAACGGCAACCAGAUCCUGGGGGCAUCCCUGAACCUCUUCCUCAACCAGAACUCCAACGAGAUCAUCGCUGAGCUGAGGGGUGAUCUUGAGAAUGGACUCACAAAGAUUUUUAUCAAUCUGUGGAAUAAUGUUUUCUCCAGGAUGCCAAUUAAGCUGUGGUUAAUAUAGAUAGAAGUGGAAAUUAGUCUUUUUGUACCUUAAUCUUCAGCAUCACUGAAAGAUAAAUGUGUUUGGCAAAAUGCUCCUGAUACGGACAAAAACCUUAACCCUGACACUUUAUACUGUUUUUCUUUUCUCGCAGAGCUAUUAAUGUGAUUGUUUGCAAAAUACACCUUUUUUGUAAUUAGCUGAUAU